UAUUUAUCUAAAAAAUUUUUUUAUCUGCCUGGAAAUUAUUUUAUAAAAUCAUCAGUUAUCGUCUGGAUCUUUUAUAAGUGGUAUCGAAAGUCAAUCAGUUCUUAAUAAAAUUUCAAUGAUAAUUAAUAAAUUUAUUUAAAAAAAUUCUGAAAAAUGUUAUUAAAAAAAAACUUUUUUUUUAUGUUUAUUGUUUAUAUUUUAUUUAUUUUAAAUUUAUGUGAUGGUGAAAUAAAAUUAAUCCAAGCGACGAUUCGACAUGCGGACCGUAAUCCUAUUGAUGGAUCCAGUUCAUAUUUAUAUUAUCCCAACGAUCCAUACAAAGAUCGCGACUGGUAUCCAGAUGGACCUAUGGAAUUAACAAAUAAAGGAAAACAAAAUGCAUAUAAAUUAGGAAAAUUAUUACGGGAAAGAUACAAAGAAUUAUUGGGAGAAAUUUAUAUGCCGAGUCGCGUUUAUUUCAAAUCUAUUGGAAUGAGCAGAGCAAUAAAUACUGCGCACAUUGUCGCCGCAGGUCUUUUUCCACCUUCACCUUCCCAAGUAUGGAAUCCGGAUUUACCUUGGAUACCAAUUCCUGUUCAUUCACUGCCGACGGAAGAAGAUAUUUUGAACUUUCCGAUGCUUUUAUGCGAAAAUUACGCGAUUGAUCGGAAGAAAUCUAAUGCAGAAGUUGACCGAUUGCUUCAAGUCCUCGGCGGUGUCAAAGAUUUUUUUAGUUAUCUGACUCUACACACGGGAGUUAAUCACACGAGAGCUAUACAAAGUUGGAUUCUUUAUCAUCAAUUGGCUUCUCAGGCGAGUCUUGGUCUCGAUCUGGCGCCAUGGAUAACUGAUAUAUUUCCGAAUGGAAAACUUGUAGACAUAAGUGCUGUCGAAUAUAUUCUUCAGACUUACACCGAUCGGAUGAAACGUCUGUUGGGUGGCAUCUGGAUAAGAACGUUUUUGGACCGAAUUGAUGAUUUGUUGAGUGGAAAAAAUACUGAACGCAAAGGAUUCUUUUAUGCAAGUAAUGAAAUUCAAAUUGGGGCAAUAUUGAACACUCUCAAAGUUUACAAGCCACAUGUUCCUGGAUAUGCGAGCACAGUUAUUUUUGAAUUACAUCAAAUAGAUAGCGAAUAUUAUGUCAAGGUCGUCUAUAUAAAUGAAGAUAAAAUCAUAGAUUUUGUUAUACCAGGCUGCGAAGGUACGACUUGUUUGCUGACGACAUUCAAAACCAUUUUGAAAAACGUUACGAUGGAAGAUUUUGAUAAAGACUGCGGACGAAGAGGAAACUUCACGAUUAUCGAUUUAGACAUUUAAUUAAAUAUUUAUACUGUUUUUUAAUAUUUACUUACCUGAUUUAUUAAAAAUAUAAUUAUUAGAGCGUAUGUUUAAUUAUAAUUCAAUACUUUUAUGAACGUCUGUUGUUAUUGUAAAUACAUAUAUUGUUAUUUCCAAUAUUCCUUUCACUUGCUAUCAUUUUUUUAUAAUAAUUCGUGUCGAACCGAGGACAAAUAU